AUGAUCCUACAAGCAGCACUUUUCAUCGCUGGUCUGACUGUUGCUAGUGGCAGCAUCUGUUGUCCACCCAAGCAAUUCAACGCAUUCCAGUAUGUCACCAUUGUCAACUCCACGACCACGUUACGUGCGUUGUAUCAUAUCGUCUACGACGGCCUCAAACAAAGAUAUCUCAUCAGCGGUGACCGCCUCAACAAUUACCUCGGAACCACCAAAGUAAUCUACGACUACCAAAAGAUGCUUGGUUACAGCAUAGGCUCAGUGGCACGCACUUGUACAACAUUCCCCCUUCAUGGACAUUUUGAGGAUCAGGAGAAUAUCUGUGUUCCAAGUGGGGCUGUCUCUCUGGGCCCUUACUUUUAUGGUUACAACCGGAACAAGCUGGCGUCAGCGACGUACACCUACAACAGCACCACCACCGAUGGGAGGCAUCAGAGCAUUGAGGCUAUUGUCUCACAGGACGAUUGUGUACCACUCGUCAGCACCACGAUUUCAACAGACAGCGCAGGAGUAAACUCUCUUUACGUUCUCGGGUAUAACGACUUCUAUCCCGGCAUCAAAGACGCCAGUGUCUUGGACAUUCCGACAUACUGUCGGUUCUGA